AUCGGAUAUGGCGAUGGCGUAAACAGUAAAAAGAUGAGAAAGGCGAUAAGAGAAAGAGAGCAAUUAAGUUGUCAAGAAGGUCCGUAGUGCCCCUACACAAACGGACGAUCCGAAGAACAACACACACAAACAAACCAUCUCUCUCCCAAUCCCUCUCUCAACUACUCCCGAGUCCCGAGCAACGAGUUCUUCUUCCUCGCUUUCCUUCUCUUUGCAAAGAAUCAAAUCGACUUUUGUGAUUAUUAUUAAUUUAAAAGCAGUGGGAAGAAUGCUCGUCUGGGUAAAGCAAAGUUAAAAAAUUUACAAAAGAGAAAAAGUUGCUCUCUGUUUUAACCAUUUCCAUUUCUCUCUGUGUCAGCAAUCAGAAAAUUGUUUGCAGCUGGUUUUUGUUUUUUCCGGCUCUGUCCUUCCCUUCCCUUCCCUUCCCUUCAGCUCUCUUCAUAAAGACGAUCUCUCUCUCAAGAGGGUUUUUCGUUUGUCCUCCCCUCAGCGGUUCUGCUGUCGUGUUUUCUCUUUGGGAAUCGUUUAGAUAAGGCAAAGGAGGGAGUCACUAAAGAAAGGGGGUUUCUUUUGAUACCAGGGGGAAAAAAGCCGGGUGCUUGGUGAUCAUGGCGAUUGUUGCUGAGAAUGCUGUGCCCAAAAACGGGGUCACCACUCAGAAUUUCGACACUAGUGAAGUGUCAUCGGACCCAAAGGAAACUAAUCACCUCGAGAACACCAAACCCGUGGACGAAUCUUUGGUGAUCAACAGUAGAGACAUGAAUUCUCACUCUGAGAACGGUGAUCGUGUGGUUGGUGACGACAAGUACGACCAGCCACCGCGCGUGAAUGGGACAACGGCUGCUGCUGGUUCAAGGACGGGCGAGAACGGCGGGACCCAGAUGCCGAAUGGGUUCGAUAGCAGUCAGCAACAGCCGUCGAUGAUGGCGGUGGCGCAGUCUGGUGGUGGGUUUGGAGGUGGUGGUGCCAAUCAGAUGAAUUUUGCUAAAGCUAAUGGUGCUAAUGAUAUGAGUGAGCUAGUGGAGAUGUUGUCCAACUUGAAUCCCAUGGCUCAAGAGUUUGUGCCUCCUUCUCUAGCUAACAAUCAUGGCUUUUGGGGGAACGGCUUUGGGUAUGCUAACAAUUUUGGAAUGCUCAAUCCUAUUGGGAAUGGCAAUGAAAAUACUAAAAGGAACAAUUUUAAUCAGGGAAGGAGAAGAACCAACAGUAGGAGAAAUAUGGCUCAGCGUGAGGAGGUAAUCAGGAGGACAGUAUAUGUGUCUGAUAUUGACCAACAGGUUACUGAAGAGCAGCUCGCGGGUCUAUUUUUGCACUGUGGACAAGUUGUUGAUUGUCGUAUAUGCGGUGAUCCUAAUUCUGUUCUUCGAUUCGCUUUCAUCGAAUUUACUGAUGAAGAAGGUGCAAGGAUUGCUCUAAAUUUGUCUGGGACUGUGCUUGGAUAUUACCCACUAAGAGUGCUGCCAUCCAAAACUGCGAUUGCACCUGUUAACCCGACAUUUUUGCCAAGGUCUGAAGAUGAACGUGAGAUGUGUGCUAGGACAAUAUACUGUACGAAUAUAGAUAAGAAGGUGAUUCUGGAAGCUCUGUUCAGGUUUUUUAGUUCCUUAGAGGAUUGUGGGAACAUUCUCUCCUCAUGAUAUUUUUCUUCUCCUUCAAAUGCAGAUAUCUCAAGCAGAUGUUAGACUUUUCUUUGAAUCUUUUUGUGGAGAGGUUCAGUGCCUGAGGCUCCUCGGAGACUAUCAUCAUUCAACUCGUAUUGCUUUUGUCGAGUUUGCAAUGGCUGAGAGUGCAAUCACUGCUCUGAACUGUAGUGGCGUUGUUCUGGGGUCUUUGCCCAUCAGGGUAAGCCCAUCAAAGACACCAGUGCGCCCUCGUGCUCCUAAACCAUUGAUGCGCUGAUGCUGGACGAGAAUGAACCAUCCCUCUGUGUGAUGCAAUGCCCUCUGGGAACUGAUCGAGUUGCUCAUAGAAGUAUUUAUAGAUAUCCUUACAUAAUAUAUAUAGAAAGCUGAAAACAGAACUUGGUUCAUUUUGCUCUUCCUUUUGUUGCUGCGGGUUGCAUGCAUCUCAUCUCAAGCUGGUAACUUUGUGUUGGCGGGAGAUCAAUUGUUUAUUAUGGGAUGUUGAGAUGUUGUGGUCAAGUCAUAGAUAGUGGAGCUCUGGAUGGGAUUUUGAGGAUGUGAAUAGCCUUCGUUUUCCUUUCUUUAAUGGUUUUGAGGAAGGUUCAAACUUGAAAGUAGUCUUUGAUUAGAGGUCCUUGCCAAUUAAUGAACAAGUGGUUUGGCGGUUUAUUUAUUAAGCUGCAAAUUAGGCGCUUUAAUUGUGGUCUCUGGAACAGUUGACAGACAAUCACUUAGGUGCUAAUGAAAGCGACAGAAUAUUAAAUUCGUGAAAACAAACUAUUAGAAUACAAGUGGAGAAAGCAC